AUGUCCGGCUCUGCAGCACUGGAAUAUGGAUUCCCUUCGACACACUCCACCAACGCUGUCUCCGUUGCGGUCUAUGCUUUGGCCCUGUUAGGUUCACCCGAUUUAACUCUUAGCGCGCAGGUCACUCUCUUACUCCAAGCAAUCACCUACAUCUACGUCGUGUCCAUUGUAGUGGGUCGACUGUACUGCGGAAUGCAUGGGAUGCUGGACUGUACUGUUGGGUGUGCUUUAGGUGCGGCCAUCGGCCUAGUACAAUUCCAUUACGGACCUGCCUUUGAGGACUUCAUUUUAUCCGCGUCGCUGAAGGAAAUUUCCCUGUUGGGGCUUCUUAUUAUAUUCCUUGUCCGCGUCCAUCCGGAGCCGGCGGAUGAUUGCCCAUGCUUCGACGAUAGUGUUUCAUUCGCAGGAGUUAUGCUAGGCGUGGAUGUGUCUUCAUGGCACUUCGCCGAUAUUUGGGUCGGUUAUCCUCCUGGAUCAAUUCCCUACGAUCUCGAGACCGUGGGCUGGAUUAAGACUGUCAUACGUCUGGUCGUGGGCGUUUUGUGCGUGUUUGCUUGGAGAAAUGUAACAAAACCGGCUUUGCUGCGCAUACUGCCACCUAUCUUCCGGACCCUGGAGAAGCUUGGUCUUUUGCUCCCUCGACGUUUCUUCACCACCGCAUCUGAAUACACCACCAUUCCCUACAACCUCAAGGAUCACGAUGUGCUUCCCAACUUUUCUGAAAUCCCAGACAUCAUAACCACAAUGCGCCAUCCUCGCCGCCGAGCCGUUUCGAUUGGCCCUCAGUCCGAAGCUGAUGCGUAUGAGACACUGGCGUACCGGGAAAAGCGCCGACGCGAAAGUCAAUCUGGGAGCAAUCACCCUUCCCCAGUCGUCGAGGAUCAACUCAAGCCCAAUGGAACGCCCGCCUUGCCCAGAAAGACGGCAUCACUGGAUGAUUAUGAAGGCAUGAUGGGCAAGGGCAGCCCCAGUUCAUCCGCAGUGGAUGUCAAUUUUGACACGCCGACACCUUUCCCUUCGCUAGAUUUCGAGGCUGGGGAGCGGGACGAAAAAGAAGUGUUCUCCCAGAUCAAGAAACCCCGCGUGCGGUACGACGUGGAGGUAGUGACAAAACUAGUUGUAUAUGCGGGCACGUCAAAACCUCAGAUUUUGACACUACACUUGCUGAUACCGGUCUCUUUUUAG